AUGCCCCGGGUAGACGCAGACCUCAAACUGGACUUUAAAGAUGUCCUUCUCAGACCUAAAAGAAGCAGCCUCAAAAGCAGAUCAGAGGUUGACCUCACGCGCACCUUCACCUUCCGCAACUCCAAGCAGACAUACACAGGAAUUCCCAUUAUAGUGGCAAACAUGGACACUGUGGGGACAUUUGAAAUGGCUGUGGUUAUGGCAAAACAUGCAAUGUUCACUGCAAUUCACAAGCAUUAUUCUCUGGAAGAAUGGAAACUGUUUGCUGCCAAUCACCCAGAAUGCCUUGAGCAUGUAGCAGCAAGCUCAGGUAGUGGAAAAGCUGAUUUGGACAAGUUGACAAGUAUUCUAGAGGCCAUUCCAUCCAUUAGGUACAUCUGCCUGGAUGUGGCAAACGGCUAUUCUGAGCACUUCGUGAAGUUUGUGAAGUCUGUCCGUGCGCUGUUCCCACAUCACACCAUUAUGGCAGGCAAUGUGGUGACAGGAGAGAUGGUAGAAGAACUUAUUCUUUCUGGAGCAGAUAUUAUUAAAGUGGGUAUUGGACCAGGUUCUGUAUGUACCACUCGGAUUAAGACAGGGGUGGGCUAUCCGCAGCUAAGUGCUGUUAUUGAGUGUGCAGACUCAGCACAUGGCUUGAAAGGACAUAUCAUCUCUGACGGAGGAUGCAGCUGUCCAGGAGAUGUCGCCAAAGCGUUUGGAGCUGGUGCUGAUUUUGUCAUGCUUGGAGGAAUGUUUGCAGGCCAUGACCAGUGUGCUGGAGAGAUUAUAGAAAAGAAUGGCAAGAAGGUGAAACUCUUCUAUGGAAUGAGCUCUGAUACAGCUAUGAAGAAGCAUGCAGGAGGGGUUGCUGAAUACAGGGCUUCAGAGGGCAGAACUGUGGAGGUACCAUACAGAGGGGAUGUGGAACUCACCAUCCUGGAUAUCCUUGGGGGACUACGGUCUACCUGCACCUAUGUGGGAGCUGCCAAACUGAAGGAACUGAGCAGGAGAACAACUUUUAUUCGAGUCACCCAGCAACACAACCAGGUCUUCUCUUAG